AUGUUGGUCAUCAACAACAUUCGAACUCUAGCUGCGGACCUAUGUCAACAAUAUAAAGGUGGUCAUCCAGGUACUGUCAUGGGUGCAGCUGCCAUCGGCGUCGCUUUAUGGAAAUACGAAAUGCGUUAUAAUCCCACUAACCCAGAAUGGUUCGCAAGAGAUCGUUUCGUACUAUCUGUCGGUCACGCUUGUCUUCUACAAUACCUCAUGCUUCAUUUUUCCGGAUAUUCCGCUUGGACGAUGGACGUGAUUAGAGAUUAUCACGCUCCUAAACCUCAUGUUAUGGCUGCCGGACAUCCCGAAAUAGAAUUCCCAGGUGUAGAAGUCACCACUGGACCUUUAGGACAAGGUAUAGCCAAUGCUAUCGGUAUGGCGGUCUCUGGCAAAGCUUUGGCCGCGCAAUACAACAAAGAAGGGUUUGAAGUGAUACCGGGGAAAAUUUGGUGUAUGACAGGAGAUGGAUGUAUUCAAGAGGGUGUAGGGCAAGAAGCUUUGUCGAUGGCCGGACAUUGGGGGUUAGAUAAUUUGAUCUUGAUCUAUGACAACAAUCGAGUUACGGUAGAUGGAAAUAUCGACGCUUGUUUCACUGAAGAUACUUCUGCAAAGUUGAGAGCAAUGGGAUGGCAUGUUAUCGAUGUUUAUGACGGAUCCAAUGAUUUGACCGCUAUUGUCAAAGCAUUCGACCAGGCAAAAGCAUACAAAGGCAAACCUAUCUGUGUCAACAUUCGUACUAUCAUAGGUCUCGGAGCUGAAAAUCAAGGAAAACAUAAAGUUCACGGUACAGCUUUAGGUGAUGAUGGUGUCGCAUUUGUCAAAUCUGCUCUAGGAUUCGACCCUACAAAGAAGUUCUUCAUCGACGAUAAAGUUUACGACUAUUUCGCUGAAUGUAAACCUCGUGGGGAGAAAUGGGAGAAAGAUUGGAACGAAAUGAUGGAACUUUAUUCUCAAAAGUAUCCCACGGAAUAUGCCGAUUUGAAACGACGGAUGGAAGGAAAGUUAGCCGAAGGAUGGGAAAAGAAAAUUCCGACUAAAGAUGAAUUACCUCAAGAGGAUCUAGCUGCGAGAGUAAUUAGUAAACUCAUCAUUGGGAAACUCGCACCUGGGGAUCAGAGUGUGAUGGUUGGUUCCGCCGACCUUUUAGAAUCAUGUCAUGUUGAUUGGCCUGGAAUGGUGGAAUUUCAAAAUAGAUCUUAUCAUAAAGGAUUAUUCCUUCCGAUAUCUGCUACUUACUUGAUGUUUUGGUCUUAUGCUGGUGCUGCUGUUCGUAUGGGAUCUCUUCAAAAUCUUCGUUGGAUAGGGAUCGCUACUCAUGAUGGUUUGGGAGUAGGGGAAGAUGCCGUACCAAACUUACAUUUCCUUCGUCCAGCCGAUGCAGAAGAAACGGUCGGUUGUUACAUAACGGCGAUCAACUCACUGUCAACACCAACCAUUUUAACUCUAUGUCGUCAACCUGUUCCUCUUCUCAAAGGAACGAAUCGAUCAAAGAUACAAUUAGGAGGAUAUAUAAUUCAUCCUCUUAUCCCACAUCAAAAUCCAAAACUCACUUUAGUAGCUACAGGUUCUGAAGUUUGGCGUGCAGUUGAAAUAUCAAACAAUUUACCUUAUCAAGUGAAUGUUGUUUCUAUGCCUUCAAUGUCACAUUUCGAUAAACAAUCACCGGAAUAUAAAGAAGAAACUUUGAAAUUCAAAUCUGGUUUAGUAUGUUCUAUUGAGAUUUACGCUUCUUUAGGUUGGGCGAGAUAUUCUCAUGCAGGUUGUCAUAUGCAUACUUUCGGUAUGAGUGCACCUUAUAAUACUUGUUUUGAACAUUUUGGAUUUGGGGUGGAUAAUUUGACAAAGGUGAUUGGUGAUUGGGUGAAUAGGAUGGAAGGGAAGAUUCCACAGGUUGGAGAAUUUGAGGAUUUGUUAUUGGGUUAUGCCGAGUGA